CAGGAUCAUUUCCGAUGAGAACGGCCAUUUUCUCUCUCUCUCCGGAUUUGUUCAUUUGCAACAGAUAUGGCCGACUAUUCAAACGUGGCUCCGCCGUCGGGAAAUGGCGCAGGAAUGAACGACGCUUUUAAAGACGCACUUCAGCGAGCUAGACAGAUUGCGGCAAAGAUUGGGGGGGACGGCGUACCCCCCGCGGCGCCCUCAGGCAGUGAGUUUGGCUAUGGAGGCCAGAAGCGACCCCUUGAAGAUGCCGGUGAGUACGACCAACCAGAGACCAAGAAGGUGGCACCUAAUGACUCGUUCUCAACAGCGAUGGGAAUGGGAGGAAUGGGAGGUGGAGGAAUGGGAGGUGGAGGACCACGAUCGUUGUCAGAGGAGUUCAAGGUUCCUGACGGGAUGGUUGGAUUCAUUAUUGGAAGAGGAGGAGAACAGAUAUCCCGCAUGCAACAGGAAGCGGGCUGCAAAAUCCAGAUCGCCCCCGACAGUGGAGGAAUGCCUGAUAGGUCGGUGACACUGACUGGAUCCCCAGACUCCAUACUAGCUGCCAAGAGGCUGCUGACGGAGAUCGUUGAUAAGGGUCGUCCUUCUCCAGCCUUCCACCACAACGACGCCGGUGGCCCCGGUAUGUCUGUCCAGGAGAUGCUGGUCCCUGCCUCCAAGGCUGGCCUGGUCAUCGGGAAGGGAGGAGAGACCAUCAAACAGCUGCAGGAGAGGGCCGGGGUCAAGAUGGUCAUGAUUCAGGAAGGGCCUCAGAACACAGGAGCGGACAAACCUCUACGCAUCUCUGGGGAACCUUUUAAAGUCCAGCAAGCCAAGGACAUGGUGAUGGAGCUAAUCAGAGAGCAGGGCUUCAGGGAGCAGAGAGGAGAGUACGGCUCCAGGAUGGGAGGCGGCGGCGGCGGAGGAGGAGGAGGAGGUGGUGGAGGAGGAGGAGGAGGAGAGGGCCUAGAUGUUCCUGUCCCCAGGUUUGCGGUAGGAAUCGUGAUCGGGAGAAACGGAGAGAUGAUCAAGAAGAUCCAGAGCGACACAGGAGUCAGGAUCCAGUUCAAACCAGAUGACGGCACUACUCCGGAGAGGAUAGCCCAGAUCAUAGGUCCUCCAGACCAGUCCCAGCAUGCAGCAGAAAUCAUCACUGACCUUCUGAGGAGUGUCCAGCAGGGGGGGCCGGGCGGUCCUAACGGAGGGGGCAGGGGGAGAGGCAGGGGGGGUAACGGGGGUGGUAACUGGAACAUGGGUCCUCCGGGAGGAUUGCAGGAGUUCACCUUCACCGUCCCUACCAUGAAGACUGGACUCAUCAUCGGCAAAGGAGGAGAGACCAUCAAGGGCAUCAGUCAGCAGUCUGGAGCGCGUAUUGAGCUCCAGAGAAAUCCUCCCCCCAACUCCGACCCCAACAUUAAGAUGUUCACCGUCCGAGGAUCUCAUCAACAGAUAGACUACGCACGGCAGCUGGUCGAGGAGAAGAUCGGGGGUCCAGUCAGUCCAAUGGGUGGUCCUCACGGCCCACCAGGCCCCCACGGAGGUCCCUCUCCCCACGGGCCCCCCGGCCCACCUGGACCACCUGCUCAGAUGGGCCCCUACAAUCCCGGCCCCUACAACCAGGGACCCCCUGGACCACAUGGUCCUCCGGCUCCCUACCAGCCUCAGGGUUGGGGCAACGGCUUCCCCCAUUGGCAGCAAGGACAGCCAGACCCCGGUAAAGCUGCAGCUGAUGCCAACGCGGCGGCCUGGGCAGCGUAUUACUCCCAGUACCAGCAGCAACCCCAGGCCCCCAUGACGCCCACCGGCGGAGCCCCCGGCAACCCACAGGCCAAUGGGCAAGGGCAGCAACCACAGGACUACACUAAGGCCUGGGAAGAGUACUAUAAGAAACAAGGUCAAGCUGCCCCCCAGGCAUCAGCAGCAGGCGGUCAGCCAGGCGGUCAGCCAGCCGGGCAGCCAGCCGGUCAGCCAGACUACAGUGCUGCCUGGGCAGAGUACUACCGUCAGCAGGCUGCUUACUACGGACAGGGCAGCCCACAGGCCAUGGGGGCCCAGCCGCAAGCACCUCAGGUGUUAUAGGGGACAGGAGUCGUCGGUGUUGCCCAGAAGAAACUAAUGCUACUCUUACCUCCUUUAGACAGGGUUAAUAUUAUAUAUACAUAUACAUAUACACAGUCCAGUCAAAUGAUUUGAUGCACCUACUCAUUCACUCAGGGUUGUCCAUUUUCUACAUUGUAGAAUAAUAGUGAAGAAUUCAACUAUGAAAUAACACAUAUGGAAUCAUGUAGUAACCAAAAAAGUGUUAAACAAAUACAUAAUAAUAACCAUAAAAUAUAUUUGAGAUUCUUUAAAUUAGUCACCCAUUGCCUUUACGACAGCUUUGCACAUUCUUGGCAUUCUCUCAACCAGCUUCACCUGGAAUGCUUUUCCAACAGUCUUGAAGGAGUACCCACAUAUGCUGAGCAUUUUUUUGGGCUGCUUUUCCUUCACUCUGCGGUCCAGCUCAUCCCAAACCAUCUCAAUUGGAUUGAGGUCAGGUGAUUGUGGAGGCCAGGUCAUCUGAUGCAGCACUCCAUCACUCUCCUUCUUGGUCAAAUAGCCCUUAAAUAGUCUGAAGGUGUGUUGGGUCAAUGUCCUGUUGAAAAACAAAUGAUAGUCCCAUUAAGCGCAAACCAGAUGGGAUGGCGUAUUGCUGCAGAAUGCUGUGGUAGCCAUGCUGGUUAAGUGUGCCUUGAAUUCUAAAUAAAUUACAGACAGUGUCACCAGCAAAGCACCAUCACACCACCUCCUCCAUGCUUCACGGUGGGAACCAAAAAUGUGGACUCAUCAGAUCAAAAGGACAGAUUUCCACCGGUCUAAUGUCCAUUGCUCGUGUUUCUUGGCCCAAGCAAGUCUCUUCUUAUUGGUGUCCUUUUAGUAGUGGUUUCUUUGUAGCAAUUUGACCAUGAAGGCCUGAUUCACACAGUCUCCUCUGAACAGUUGAUGUUGAGAUGUGUCUGUUACUUGAACUCUGAAGCAUUUAUUUGGGAUGCAUUCUGAGGCUGGUAACUCUAAUGAACUGAUCCUCUGCAGCAGAGGUAACUCUGGGUCUUCCUUUCCUGUGGCGGUCCUCAUGAGAGUCAGUUUCAUCCUAGAGCUUGAUGUUUUUGCGACUGCACUAGUAAUGGACUUUCGGUUCUC